GCAACAGAAGAUGGGAGUUACUGGGGCAAUGUGGUAGCAUUAAGGAUUUAGAAUUAUGCCCCUGGGGGAAAAUAACUCUAGGCUCUUCUGGAAGCUCUGAAACAUGAGCUUUCAUUGUAGUUCUGUCUGCACUCUUGUGGCUGACUCCCUGACAUGUUGGAGAUGUCUCUGCUGUGUUUGUAGGUCAUUAAGAUUGCAGAUUGAGCCCUACAGACUGCCCUUUUUUGGGCAGAGAUGGUUCCCUCCUCCCACCAAAAACAUGGUGUCCUGGGGUGACCAUGCCCAAAUUUCACCUAUGCACAGCUUCUGCAAAAAUGUCCAAUGCACUUGCUAACUUCACAGUUUAGCUAACCUGAAAUCUGCUCCAUUCCGGCUGCCAAGGUAAUUAAACCUCUUCCCUCACUAGCUACACAAUUCAAUUAGAACAUACAAUUCAAUUAGAAACACAGAUUUUGUACUUAUUACCACAUAUCCCUUGGAAAAACCAAAGUACUGAAUUCCAUUUAAAUAAAAAAACAUUCACAUUAUUUGUGUAAUCAUUAUUCAUAAUUAUAUACAGCACAAUGUUGCAAUAAGAUGUGCAUUAAAAUGUUUCUUUUACUAUUCCUGCAUGAAAGCCAUGCAUGUGUUGGAGCCACUCAAGACUGCAGUGCUAUAAAUAGUGCUCUAUUGUUAGUGGAUAAAAGACGAAACAAGUCUCACAGCACUGCAGCACAGGACACUGUAUUAAACGUUAAGCUCUGCCUGUUCUAAAAGUGAAAGGCGACAUCAACUGAUAGACUGGUCUGUGGGUAAGACACAAGGCUGGGAAAAGCUCAGUGUGACUCUGCAGUUUCCCAGCACAGCAGGAGCAGCAGCUGAUCCUUCGGCCUCAGCAAUGGCAGAAGCUGUCAUAAGACAUUGGGUGGAAACUCCUGUACGCUACCAGGAGCAGUUUGUUGGCCAGGAGCUGGAGGCACACAGACUGAACCACCUUUUAUAUGCUUUGCCGGGCCCUGCCACUGCUGCGCUGAGCAACCAAAGGUGCGCCCCAGAAAGCACGGCUGGGGCUGGGAAGAGCGGCCAGGAGGAGGAAAACACACAAUUCCGGGUCUUGCUGGAUGUUGUGCAGUUCCGCCCCGAAGAUAUCAUUAUCCAGACUUUCGAAGGCUGGCUCCUGAUUAAAGCUCAGCACGGACCCAGGAUGGACGAGCAUGGUUUCAUAUCCAGAAGCUUCACCAGACAAUACAAAUUACCCGACGGAGUGGAGAACAAAGACUUGUGUGCACUUUUCUGCCAUGAUGGCAUUUUGGUUGUUGAAAUGAAGAACUCAGUGGAAAAGAAUUAGAACCAUGUCUAUAGUUAUCGGUGAGAUAAAAUCAUUCUUAAUGUAACAAAAUUAUAUCAGUCAUGCGAUGCUGUAGGGUGUAGUAAGCAAGUAGCAGUAUUUAUUAAAGGAAAUUAUUUGUAUAUAUUUUUUGUAUGCUGAGUUUACUGUUUGAUGUAAACUGUUGUACUGCUUGCCUCCAGCUACACAUAGGUUGAAAACACAGGCUGUUCAAACAGUAGAAAACUCAGGCUAGUCUCAGCAGAAGAAAAGAAAAAAAUCUAUUUGAUAACGUAUUGAAAAUGGAGCACAGUUUUGAGUUAAGUAGUGGGAAUUGUAUUUCUAAGCAGUAAGCAUUUGUUAUACAUAGUCAUAAACAUUAAAGAAGGAAUGGACAAGUUGUGAAUCUUAUAGAAAUUUUAAAAAUCUGUUUUCUAAUUUUUGAGAUUAAAUUCUUCUCUCUGGAAAAGCACAUGAACUGAAAGAUACCAUCAAGAGAAAAUCCCUAUUUCCACAUUUCAAGCUUCUGUACCAAAAAACUCUCAAGAGAUUACUUUUUAGAAGUGUGUUGCAUGUUUCAAACUAUAACAAAAAAAAAUUAUUUACUUGACUUUAUUUGCUUGAAAACACAAUAAAUAGAAAUUAUACUUUCUGUCAAAUUACUUUGAAAGAAAACUUUUAAAGACAUUUCUGAAAAUUGGUUUUGUUUAACAUAACAAUUGAAGAAAAGAUUUUUGUUUACAAAAGUACCAAGUUCUUCUUUGUGAAACUUCAGUAAUAAAAAGACAUUGCUCUUGCACAAAUGCCUUUUUUCCUGCACAUUUUAGGUAAUCUUGUAAUUUAAUCUGAUGGGUAUUUAAUUGUCCAUGUUGCUUUACAAUUAAGGCAAUCCCACAACUCUGUCUUCAAGAGCAAAUUUUUCUGCCAAUGAUAAUCCCCCUCUCCCCAUAGGAACACAGGCCCUACAUGAAUCUAAUUUUAAAUACAGGGGUUCCUUGCUGCAGACUCAGCUUUAGUUUCUGUUCCAGUGUCUCACAUUUCAUGAGAGUGGCGGAGGUGAAAAAAUAUCCACCUUCUCUAUCUAUGUGGUCUUCUCAAUAUUUAAAAGAAAUAAUGCUAUGGGUUUGUAAAUACUCACAUAUUUGAGGGUAACUGCAUCUGCAAGUCGAACUGCCUCCUUUUAUGUGUACUGGAGACUACUAUGACUGGUGUGCUAUGAAUAGUAAAGGAAUGUGGAAUGGAAAGUGCCAAGUUAAAAACAGAUGCUUUAUCACAGCCAUCUGCUGUUUGGACAAAUCAAAACCAUAUUCAAACGAAACUGAAUACAAAUACAAUUUUAGGAAUACAAGAAAACUAUGAUGAACAAAACCUGGGCUCUCACUGGCUGAAGUAUGUCGGCACAUGUCCAUUUAUGAGAAUGAUUUACGUUUUUGCUGUUUAGACUUAAAGAUAUUUGAAGUAAUUGGUUUUAGAAAAGUGGGUGGUACAAUUCUUGUAUUUUAUUCAUUAAUUGUGCUAAAAAGUCAGAAAAAUUUGUGCAAGAAAGGCAAAAUAAACUCUGAAUUGUAAAUUUCCAUGACACGCAAUUAUAUUUUUAAUACACCAGAAGUCAAGACUGUAAUGUUUUCUAACAAACUAAACCAAAUAUAAAACAUAUGUCCCUGCACUUCUAUUCAACCCCACGCUUUUCCCUCCUAUUGUCUGUGUUCAAUUUGCAUAUUAGUUUAAGAUCAAAUAGCAAAUCAGAUCUAGAUUUCUACAUCUAGGAGCUUCAUCAGACAGCAAUCUGGUAGAAGAU